UUGGUCUCACCUUCUCAUUUCGUCUGAAAGCGAACUGCACGAGAUAGCGCAUGAUCUGCGUUUGAUUUCGCCAGUCCUUAUAUAUUUGGAUGUAGCACUGGAAUGCUCGCAUUUGGAUCCAGGAUUUACAAUCGGGUCUACUGUCACGCAGCACAUGAAAAAGCCUUUCGGUUCGCAGUUCAGCGAAGGACUUGCCCCCCCUCUGCAGCGACACUUUGAAGACGACGCUGGGAAAGGAUACGGCUCCUUCAAGCCACCCGGGGACGGCAGCAGUAUAACAACACUACAAAAUACGACUCGAGUUAUGGGGCUUCUUUUAAAUGGGGUUCAAAAGUUAUGAACGAAAUUACGGAGAAGAUGGACUUCUAAUGUGAGGCACGGAAAGACGACACGCAUUCCCUUUUCUUUUCAAAUUCUUGGACUUGACCCUGCGCUGUUGAAUUUCUGCACGCAGUAACUGGUUGUAGACUUAGCACACAAGCUACUUGCAUGAUCACCCGGAAAAUUGCGGAGAUUCGCACUGUAUUUGGAUGUUAACACUGCAUUUUCCUUCGUUGACUGCUCUCAUUGGAUCGCCCCUAGAAUUUUUUGGUUGGGAAAAUUGCAUCCCAACAAUUGCAUGCGUUGAGGAUCCGCGAAAACUGAUGCGCUUGUUGCUAUGAAUACAUGAUCAAACAGGAGAGUCGUCUGGGAGCAAUCUGCUGUUCGUAAACGAUACGGACUUCAUACAUUGACAGUCACUUUUCAUUAUUUCUCCGCCUAUAUUGAAGUCAGUUCUAAACGAAGUGUGACUCUAAAUAAAGAUAAAGCGUCGUCACUGGUGCACGUUGCGCUCAUAGCUCUUAUAUCCUAGAAGAAAGAUUAAACCCCCCAAAACUGACAAUUUAAACACAAAUAAGACAAAAAGGGACUACAAAUGUGAAUGACACUUGGUCAGUUCUGACUGAAGUUACCACAAGCUGCACGAGCAGCAUUCCUAGUUCGCGCCGAAGCGGAUUGCGUGUCGAAGUUUAGUAGUGAUGCUGCAUGUGGAAAUGAUCAUUCUCGUUUUUCUGAUACUUUGGAUGUGUGUAUUUAGCCAAGAGCCGGGCUCUAAGGUGGUGGCUGAUCGCUAUGCCGUCUACUGGAACAGCACCAACCCCAGGUUUCACCAGGGAGACUACCACAUCGACGUGUGCAUCAACGACUACCUGGACGUCUUCUGCCCACACUACGAGGACUCGGUCCCGCAGGAGCGGACGGAGCGUUACGUGCUCUACAUGGUGAACUACGACGGGUACAGCACCUGCGACCACACCUCCAAAGGCUUCAAACGGUGGGAGUGCAACCGGCCGCACUCACCCAACGGACCGCUCAAGUUCUCCGAGAAGUUCCAGCUCUUCACCCCGUUCUCACUGGGGUUCGAGUUCCGGCCGGGAAGAGAAUAUUAUUACAUCUCAUCUACAGUUGCUGAGAAUGGGAAGAGAACAUGUCUGAAGCUAAAGGUUUACGUCCGACCAACAAACAGCUGUGUGAAAACUAUAGGCGUUCACGAUCAUGUUUUUGACGUUAACGACAAAGUAGACAAUUCAUUAGAACCAAGAGACGACACAAGUCACGAGUCCGCCGAGCCAUCUCGCAGUGAUGCCAGUGCCUCGGAGAGACCGCAGAGAGCAAGCCCACUGAUGGCCUCUGCUCUCUUUUUUCUAGCCAUGCUGUUGCCGUUAUAGCGCCUGUUUCUGAUUGGAGGAAAACUUAGAGCAUCUUGGAGCUGCAGAACCCCCCCCCCCCACAAAGGGGUGGAGGAAAUUGGGGUGGGGGGGUCCCUCUCCACGAACACUCUUUUUUUUGCAGUUAUUUAAAUGGUCUUUCCCAGUCCCUGAUAAAGAGCUGAUCCAUAUGGGAGAGCCAGUUUCCACAGAACUUUCCACCAAGACGCCAAAUGGUCCUUUGACACAUAGUGAUUCUUAUUUUCCUGUAAGUCUAGACUUCCCCCAGUCACUGGGCCCUCUAUUUCUGCGUCUUUACAAGUGUUCAUGGACACAUUUACACACACACGUGUGUAUACACACACACACACACACACACACACACACACACCUUUAUAUACAUCCCUACCCACUGUCAUUAGUGCCCUAUGUAGCUGAAAGCUACUCAGAUUUCAUACACCAAGAUACAAAAAAAGCCGAGGAACCCCCCCCCCCCAAGGCCCUUCCCACGAAAUUGUCAGGAUUCAAAAUUCAAAUGAUAUUCACAGAAAGGCACUACGCAGAGAGAGACAGGAU